GAGAGACGCAUUUCCAUGAAUGAAGGUCGACAUGUAACCAGCAAACCAUCAGCAACAAUCUGUUCAAAUGAUGACAGAACAUUAACCAUUACAGGAAAUUGGAACUUGUAUUGUUAACAGUUAUUCCAUUCUUUCUAUCCUUAUCAUCAUCCAACAAUUGAACAUAAUCAGCAUCUGGUUACCUCUUAUGAUUGCUCCUAUUCCUAUUGUUAUAAACUUAUAACACUUGCUUUUUUUUUGUUUUCCUAUUCAAACCCAUUAAGAUCACCAGGAUGACAAAUUAACUCGUAACCAUCUAAUUGUAUCUGAUCCUGGAGUUGGUUGAACCAACAACGGAAACCAUAUUGAACCUGAACCAUCAAAUAAUUGUAACAUCAAAACAACAAAAAUAUGGAGUUUUUAAUCUAAAACUGGCAACUGGAAAACCAAAGCAAUCUUCAUUAGCAACAGUUGUGUACUUCAAUAUGGUAAAAUAAGUGUCCCAUUGGAUUAACUUGAUUUGAAUAAAUUGAAUAAAUUAUAACCGUCAAAUGAUGCUUAAUAAGCUACUUCUGUUUCAUGGCUAUGUGAAUCCUGAAAACUUGAGGGGUUACCCUAACAAGAUGGACCAAAACUAAGGAACCAACCAUUUGAUCAUUCCAAUUGCUGUUAUAUCAAUCGUCCGAAUCAAGUAAAUAGCAGCAAAUGGAAAUAAACAGCAAUCAUUAACAUCAUUACAACGUAAUUGUUACCAACAUUGAUGAGUAAAAAUUGAACACUUAAUGCUGUCUAGCUAUUUCCACCGGCCACCAUGAUCAUUACCACCGCCAGCAACUCCAUCAUAUGCCAUUAACACGUGUUACCAGUCGCCAUUAAUUGCAAAUGUAAUAGUCAAUUGGUUGUUUUUGUUUCAAUGUUUUUGAUUUUUUAGUUACAAUCAAAAGAUAAUCCUGUUGACGCUUGAGAAAUUAGUUUAAAUCUUAACCUUUUCAGGGUUAUCAGAAUGAUAAAUAAUACAUUACAACAACAACAAUAAAAGUGCUUUCUCUCUCCUUCAUAUCAUCAAUUUCAUCAUUUGAUAGACUCAACAUGAUCAAUGUGGUUUUCAAAUCAACGUAUUUUGUAUUGUAAUGCGCUUCAACUAAAAGUUAAAUAAACCAUUCAAAUCUAAAAUCAACCAUACAACUUACGACGCUCAUGUUCAACUGUCUUUUACAAUUGCCAUUAUUUUAAAACAACAAUUAAUGUUACACAUUUGAUGUUAUGUUUACCACUAUAUUAUCAGCUACUUCUGAAUCACCUUCCCGAUCACCAUUAUCAUUAUCAUCACCACCAACACCAGUAAUAUCCAAAGUGUAUCAUAUUCUUGUGUGCCUUCUUCAGCCUCUUGAUAACCUUUUUCCAGUUGUGAUUUAUCCUUGUUGUUUAGUCAUCAAUUGAGCCUUUUAAAGUGCAAACAAAAUGGUUUUAAAGAUGAUUAAGAUCAACGGCCCAUAACAGUGAGAUAUUAUCAAAUAGGACAAACGGAGAGACAAAACCAUCACAAUGAUAAUAACUACAAUGAAGAAAUCAACAGCAACAAUGAUAAUCUGCACAAAUCAUCUCAUCUCAGCUACUUCAAUCAACGAUUACACUUUUCAUCAUCACCAUCACCAUAGUAUCAAUAAACAAAUAUUGUAUCCAUAGUUUAAAAUUUUACAAUCCAGUGCCAAGACUAACCAGUCCAAAGUAUGUUUAAUUAAUCACCUCUUGAGAUGAAUCAAUAAAUUGCUCGAUACGGGGAUAAACUCAAGCCUAGUAGUCACCAUUGAAGUAACCAUCAUCGUCAUCAUUAUCAUCUGCAAAGUGAGGUUAGAAAAACAAGGAUUAAUCACAAAAGUAAACAUUUUGGGCUUAAAAAAUGGAAUGACAGUGACAAUGGUCAAGAUUGAAAUGCCUUUGUCCCAUCCACUCAUCAUCUCGGCUUAUAGACAUCAUCUUAAUCAUUAUAGACUCAUUUACCAAGUAUUUAAUCAGUGCGAAACAAUAAAUUCUAAUCAGUGAAAAAAAGUACGUUUGUAAACAAACCCAAAAAUCUCUUCCAAAAUCAACUCAUAAUCUCACAACUCUCAACAUUUUUACUUUUCUAAAUUGUGUAUCGAGUACAUUUUUCAGUCUAUCUUUUUUUUUUGUUUUUUUGUCCUGUUUUUUUCGUUAGUUUUUGUAUUUCAAUUUAGGUAAUCAUCAUAGAUUCAUUAACCGUAAACUGUAUUACUAAACCUGAUCGCAUGUAUAAUGCUGAAGCAAUGAGAUCAGUAACAAGGGCUCCACUUUCAUUGCCCGAGUGGAAGAAACACAUUUCGGAUAUUCGCAAAUUUUCAUCUUCACUAUGGACUUUAAAACCCAAUGUGACAAUAGACAAUCUCAUCAUAACUCUCCAUUCAACCAUUACGGUGCAAAUAUUAAUGAUUGGAACCAUAUUCGUGUCCAUGAGACAGUAUUUCGGUGAUCCGAUUGAUUGCUUAACCAAAGAUUCGGAUAUUAAAGCUUCCUUGAUUGAACAUUAUUGUUGGAUAGAAGGUGCUUUCUCAGUGAUCGCCGGUGGUGAAACGGGAACAUCCCAAGCUUAUCCUGGAGUAGCACCAACUACAACCGCAUCUGUUAAACGCCAUCACAAGUACUACCAAUGGGUCUAUUUUGUAUUAAUUAUACAGUCAAUUAUGUUUUAUUUACCAAAAUUUUUAUGGCGAUCAUCGGAAUCUGGACGACUUCGAGAGCUGAUUAGUAAAUUAUCUAGUCGAUCAGUUGUCGAGUUGGAUGAAACAUCACGAAUUCAUAUUGUUCAAGAAUUGGCGGACAACUUGGCGAUAUCACACAACUAUUUGAUAACGGUCAUCUUAUGUGAAGUUUAUUGUCUUUUCCAUCUUGUGAUUCAAAUUUGGUUUACCAACAUAUUUUUAGGAGGAUCAUUUUAUACUUUAGGAUUACGCUGGUUAGCGUAUGCAAAUCAUUUUUCCAGUGAUGAUCCACUGAUUGCAAUAUUUCCUAGGAUGGUCAAGUGUACAUUUCAUAAAUAUGGAUUUUCUGGAACAAUGGAAACCAAAGAUGCUCUCUGUUUUUUGCCGUUGAAUAUUGUCAAUGAAAAAAUUUACGCCAUUCUUUGGUUAUGGUUUGCUAUUCUUUUAGCAAUUACGACGUUCCAUCUGUUAAUGGAGACAAUUUUCGUGUCCUUUAGAUCAUUGAGAAUACUCCGAGUGACUUGGCUUGCUCCAGGAUGUAAACCCACCUUUAUUAGAGGAAUAUGUAAACGAGCUGGACAUUGGUUAAUUUUGAGCUUUGUCGCAAAUAACAUUAAACCUUCUUACUUUCGUGAUUUGAUGGCCUUUUUGGAAAGAGAUCAUUUCGAUCCUAAAGGAAAACCUCUUCACGUUUCUCGAGUCGGUGAAUCGUUUGCACGGAAAAACACACCAACAAAAUCUAAUCCAGCAGCUCCUCUACCUAAACCUUAUAAAUCAAAGUCAAACAAAAAACUAGCAGCUAAUACUGCAUUAUCAUCAGCUUUAGCUUCCCAUUUGACUCCAGCUAACAAUUUGAUGAACUCAAAUAAACAUAGCAAUCUAUCUGCAUAUUUAAGAUCUAAUAAUUGUGAUCCUCCUGGACCUGGUUUUGUAGCAACUGCACCAAGUAAUUGGGAAUCGGCAUACUGGGGUGAUGACAAUGGACCCACAGAAGUUACCAAAUUAACCUCUAAUCAUAACUAUUGUGAUGAUCCUCGAGACGAAUGGGAAAUCGAUGGGAUUGCUGUUGAAGGAGUUAGUGGAGUGUCUGGUCGAGAUGGUGAAAAAGGCAGUGAAUGGCGCAGUUGGCCUGACGAGCCUCCAUCCGACGACGAUGUAGGCUAUGAAAGGCCGAGAUCAAACAACUGUCAACUAGGUCCAGAACUAAGCAAUAUUACAAUAGAAUGGCCCAGCAAAUAAAUUAAUUGCAACAUUGUUUAAACAUUUUCAUUUUCUUAAUAUUUAUCAUUCUCACAUUUUGACAAACCAACAUUUAGUCAAUAUUCAUCAUAUUGAUUUUUGUAUCGAGUGCCUUUUAAUAUUGAUUUUUUUGCUAACAGAAAAAUUAAAUUUUUCUUACACUUUUUAA